UAUUGUGGCUUACAAGAAACCAGAGACUCCUCGAUGGGGUAGUUCAGGUGAUUCUCGCGUCAUGUCUGUCACAAAGAAAACCAUGUUCGUGUUUAUUUUUUUAUUGGCUGUUGAAACCGUAAGAAGCAAUUAUUUGGCAUCAAAUACUACAAUUGAUUGUCCAGAACCCUGUGAAUGCAAGUCAGUGGAAGUUAACUGCAGUGGAAAACAACUUAAAUCAUUUCCAUGGAAAGUACCAGCUACAACGACAAUCUUAGACCUGAGUGAUAACCAUUUGGAGGAGCUACCAUCUGACUUGCUUGCCAACCUCAGCAAUCUUCAAGAAUUGAGAUUAAACAAAAACAAGCUGAAAGACCUUCCUCCAACCCUAUUUGAUCGCAAUCCACAUUUGAAUAUCCUAGACCUGAGUGAUAACCAUUUGGAGGAGCUACCAUCUGACUUGCUUGCCAACCUCAGCAAUCUUCAAGCAUUUGCCGUCUCGGACAACGAGCUCCAAACGUUGCCAGAGGGAAUAUUUGACAACCUGACCAGCUUAACUAGAUUGUAA